AUGGAAGUGCCAACUGUGAUAGGAGAUUAUGAAAUAGAAAAACUCAUAGGGAAAGGUGUGUAUGCCAAAGUAUACAUGGCAAGAGAUUCCAAAACUGAUAAAAUCUUUGCAAUAAAAUGCUUGCUGAAAAAGAAAAAAGGAAUACCCAAGCGCAUAGAGAAAGAAAUCAGAGCCAUGCGAUGUCUAAACCAUCCAAACGUAGUGCUUUUGCAUGACAUUAUCUCCACUGAGAAUUGCGUCUACCUGGUAAUGGAGUAUGUACCAGGGGGUACAUUGACUGAUCUCCUCCUUGCUCAAGGUGGAAAGCUUGAAGAGAAACAAGCAAGAUUAUAUUUCCAGCAGCUGAUCUGCGCAUUGCAAUAUUGUCACAAGAAGGGAGUCUGUCACAGAGAUCUGAAAACAGACAAUCUGUUAAUAGACAGUAAUGGCGAUCUAAAGGUCUCUGACUUUGGUCUAUGUACGUUAAAGACAAAAGAAGAAAUGAGGAGAAAAGUAUUACAGAAGACAAUGUGUGGAACUCUUUCCUACGUUGCACCAGAGAUGUUUUACAACGGAGGUUAUGAUAGUGUAAAGACAGAUAUAUGGGCAUGUGGUAUUCUUUUGUACACUAUUUUGACGGGAGUUCUUCCAUUUGAGAAUGCUAAUAAACCACAGCUUUUGAGACAAAUCAUGGCGGCUGAUUUUAGUUGUCCUGAUUGGCUUAGCAAAGAAGUGCGGGUUAUCUUACAUAAGAUUCUUGAGCCUGAACCUCGAAAGAGGAUUACUAUUGAAGGGCUAAUGGAGUUCGAAUGGUUCAAAGAAAGCUUAAAUUUAAGGGAAAAUAUUGAUGAGGAUGGGGAUGUUGAGUACUUGUUUGCUACUAAGUUUUCACCUUCUAAGGAUACUGAGAACUUGGAUAGUAUUGAGAAGGAUGAGAAUGACAAGAUUUUAAGUGUUACACAGGGUUUGGAUAGUAUUGAGAAGGAUGAGAAUGACAAGAUUUUAAGUGUUACACAGGGUUUGGAUAGUAUUGAUAGUAUUGAGGAGGAUGAGAAUGACAAGAUUUUAAGUGUUACACGGGGUUUUGAUGAUAUGUCAUUAGUGUUAUAA